AUGGCGAGGCCUAACCUCUUCUUCGUCCUGACCGUCGUCAUCAUUGCCAGCGGGUCUAUUCCAAAAGGUUACGAUGAGGGCGGUUUCGCCGCCGUGGCGGACAUGCCGUCCUUCCAACACGACUAUGGCCUCCAGGCCGGACAGUGGACGGGCAGCAGCCACGCUCUUGUCCAGCUGAAAGCCAACAUCACGUCCUUCAAUGUCCUCGGCGCGGCGUUUGGCGCCAUUGCCGCCAUCCUUGUCACGGAUAGAAUCGGGCGUCUGCGCACGUGGCAGUUGUUCAUGGCCACGUGGAUGUCCGGCUUCUUCAUCACUACGUUUGCGUCGGGGAUAUUGGGCCUCUUGCUGUUCUCGCGGCUCUUGUCCGGCCUCGGUGCUGGCGGCCUCACCGUUGUAGCGCCACUCUACCUCACCGAGAUUGCUCGAUCAAAGUCCCGAGGCAUGGUGGUGUCCGUGUACAUGGUGUUCCUGCUGUCUUUUCUCAUGUUUGGGUUCUUCAUCAGUUAUGGCGCCAGAAACACUCUGCCCCCAACCAGGGUGCAAUAUCGUGCUGCGUUAUGCGUGCCCUUGAUCGCAGGAGGCAUUGCCUUGUUGUCGUCCCUACUUCUCAAAGACACGCCGCGUUGGCUUGCCUCCAAAGGCCGCAGCGACGAGGCUCUGCUGGUCCUAUCCAGGCUGCGGGGGCUGCCUCCCAACGACUCCGCUCUCACGGCGGAGUAUGCCGAGAUUGCCGGCCAACUGCGGGAUGCGAAGCAAAAGCUCUCUGGUACCACGACGUGGACGAUCAUCAAGGAGGUUGCCACCAUCCCCAGCUAUCGUAAACGCUUUCUGCUGGGCUUUGCGAUGCAGACUGUUGCCCAGUGGACGGGCGGCAACGGCAUCACGUACUAUAUCCCCACCAUUUUCAAAUAUGCAGGUGUCCAAAGCGACAACAUAUCGCUGAUUAACUCGGGUGCUUACGGGGCACUCAAGCUCUUUUUCACCAUGAUCUUCACGUGGGGGCUCAUUGACGUCUUUGGGAGGCGCGUCUGCUUCAUGACGGGCCUGCUCAUCCAGGGCAUCACGCACGUCUACAUGGCCGUGUACAUGGGCUUGUGGAUGGACGCACACAACAAGCCCGCGUCUGAUGCCGCCGUGGCGUCCGUCUUCAUCUACGCCGUGGGCUGGUCCAUCGGGCUGUGCACGAUCCAGUAUCUCUACGGCACCGAGAUCCUGCCCACGCGCAUCAGGGGCGUCUGCUACGCCUUCAACAUGACGGUGCACUGGUUCUUCCAGUUCGCCGUCGUGCGCGCCACGCCGUCCAUGUUCGAGGCGCUCGACGUCUGGGGCGCGUACGUCUUCUGGGCGUGCGUCUGCUUCGUCGGCCUCGUCCUGCUCGGCCUCUGGGCGCCCGAGACCAAGGGCGUCCCGAUGGAGCGCAUGGCCGAGCUCUUUGCCGGGCCGUGGUACAUGGGCUGGAGGGCCAAGCUGGGCCCUCUGCCCCCGCGCGGCGACGACGACGAUGCCGACGGUGACUCGCUGCAGACAUCGCCGUCGGAGGAUCCGGAGACGCGCCCCGAGGUGGUGCAGGUGAGGCUCACGGAAAAGGAGCCUUGAACCUUUGGUCGGUGUUGUUUUGGGUAAGUGACACACAAAGUCUUUUUUGUUGAUUAUUUCUAGCUAUUCUUUUACAGCCAUUGGUUUUUCUCUCUUAUGGCUUCCAUUCUUUCUACAUUACAAGCGUGCGUGGUAUAUCAGAUUGUAUAAAAUCUCAUGGUGUCGGCGUUGGGUCGACCAUUGGAAAGAUUUUUUGUUUUUACCAAGAUGAGAAUGCAAGCGGAAUCUUCCUACCUUACCUUGUCUUUAAAAGCGCGCGCUUGGUUUAUAACUUUGUUUUUCACAUUAUGUAUGUCGUCAAGGUAAAAUCACUGGAUUGAGGGUAAUGGUACUCAUGGAGGGUAUAUAUAUAUUCAUAUUCAUAUAUAACAGAGGUGAAAAUUGCAAAUAUACAUCAG